AUGGACAACUUGAGGGACCUCGUCGUCAACGCCGAGUUUCUUGGGAGAAAGCAUGUCGACCUACGGAUGAGGGUGGCCUAGGUAUUAGGCGCCCUCAAGAUGUACUUAACAUGCUUCAAAAGAAACUCAUUUGGAGGAUGAAGACCACACCAUCGGUGCUAGGCUCUUUUGUGUCAGCCAAAUAUGGCGAGUGGGCUCGACAGCCGGCCGACAUCAAAGGAGUCAAACGAUGGGCAGACUGGCAGCGACAUUGGUUGGAGAUGGUGCCUCUUAUUCGCUGGCGAGUGGGGCGAGGCGAGAUCAGUGCCUGGUACAACACUUGGCUAGAGGACACACUAUUGGCCAGUUUUACCACUUUCACAUCUUCUUGGCCUCGCUUGACGGUAGCCGAGCUUCUCCAAGGAGACACUCGUCUACUUAUUGAGAGGCAUGGACUACCGUCGGACUUGUUACCAGCCAUCACCAUGACUAAGAUGAGUUUUACUGAGGACCAACCCAUCUGGACACUUACCAUAGAUGGCAGUUUCUCUUGUAGCUCCUCUUGGGAGCACUUUAGAAACCGCUCCCCAAAUACAUUUUGGGGAAAUCUCAUAUGGCAUCCGGCCAUCACACCUCGUGUUUCGUUCUUCUUGUGGAAGUUCAUGCACCGAGGACUACCCACCGACGAUCGAGUGAUUGUCACCGAUCAGGAGGUGGAAAGGAAAUGUCAUUGUUGCUCCAUCACGACAGACGAAAGUCUGGAACAUUUAUUUUUCCAUAGUGAUAUCGCUGUCGAGUGUUGGCGUCAACUUCUAGCGAAUUGGCUUCCAAUGCUCUCGUACAGACCUACGAGACCACCACUAGAGGUCUUUAGGAGAGUCUUUGACUCACCAACGAGUGUCAAGGUUUGUCCUUUCAUCCGUAUCUCCAUAGCAUAUAUGUUACGGGAAAUAUGGAAGGGACGUAACUCAUCUCGAUAUGCAGGCCAAGUGAUGCGUGCCACAGAGAUUAUGAGGCACGUAACACAAUGGUUUCGGAGUACUCAUUCCUUAGUGCCAAAUAAAACGAAACGCUCGCGUUCUGUUUGUGAGGCUUUUGGGCUUUGGGGACUCCAUAUCAUACCUACACAGACCUGGACUACUGUCCGAUCUGUUAGAUGGACACCACCGAGGGCUGGACAGUGGAAACUCAACGUCGACGGAGCAUCUCAAGGCAACCCAGGAUCAUCUGGAGGAGGCGGUAUCUUACGCAAUAGUACAGGAUGCAUUCUCUUUGCCUUUUCGAACUUUUAUAAUAUGCAAACUAAUACUGUGGCAGAGGCUAUGGCAAUACGGGAUGGUUUGUUUCUUUGUGAGGAGCAAAAUAUUACUAACAUUGUUUUAGAAUCUGAUUCCAAAGUGUUAGUGGACAUGUUACGUGCAGACUCUUGUCCUCAUUGGAGGCUCAAGAAUAUCUGGACAGACAUCAUGCGAUGUCGAAGACGCAUCACAACUAUUACGCAUCAAUUCCGAGAAGGGAAUCAGACAGCUGACGCCCUUGCUGCGCAUGGAGUCAGAUCGCGUCGAAGGACAGUCUUCUCUUUUUGGCAGGACAUGCCCCUGGAAGCCCGAGGUGCUCAUAGACUUGAGCGACUCGGCAUACCCUCUUUACGCAUACACCGCACUCCACUACCGGCCUCUCCACGACAGUGGCAUAUUGCUUGGAGGAGAUCAGGGGUGGUUACUAUUGGCCGCUGAAGACCACAAUGGAGAUACAGCACAACACGGACAACAAGGCACAUCGUAAUCCACUCGGGUACAUUACUUCCAAUCAUUACUCUCCUCAUAAUCACAUCACAUCUACUAUCUAUCAUGCUCAAGUAGUGAGGACAUAGAACUAUCAGCAUAUGUUGGCAUCGGCCCACUUUUGAACUAUAGGUCUAUAGCACAUCAGACCUGCCAAACUAGUUGUGAAUCGGCAACCUAGCACCUCUCUCAAGAUCUUAUUAGUACCAUCAGCCAGCUUGAACCCAUGAGAAGGUAAAGAUCUAUAUCCAUAGGAUUGACCCUCUCUCCUCUCUCUCUCUCUCGAUUCUCUAUUUCUUUCUCCCUCCCUUUCUCUCUCUAGAAAAAAAAAAAAAAAAAAAAAAAAGAAGAAAAAAGAGACAGCCUACUUCUUUUCCCAGAAUCACUAGCCCAUCAUAGACAAUUAGUGGAGGGUGAGGGAAAGGGCCCUAAAACCAAAAAACAAAAAAAAAAAAAAAAAAGGGCAACCUUUUUCCCUUCCCUUAAUCACUAGCCUAAUGUACACCAAAUAAUGGGCAUUAGUGGAGGGUAAAAGAAGAGGCUCUCAAGGAGAGAGAAAGAAGAGAGAGAGAAUAAGAGAAAAGAAAAGAGUUAGAACCAGAGACCAAGUCAUUCCUCGUGGGGUGAAAGGUCCCUUACCUACUUAGAGGAAGUACGGCAACUGAUGAUACUAACAAGAUCUUGGCCAGAGGGAUUAGGCGCGUGCAACACUAGCAAGGCAAGUUCAUAUUUGGGCUUAUUGUCAUGCUUCAGCAUAGUUCUAUCCUCCUCACUACCCUAAUCACUCUUUUCUCACCACUUUAUAUCAAUGUAUUUAUCUCUUAGAACCACUUACUGCAGCAAACUCUUGUCUUGCAGGAACAUUGCAUGGCGCACAACAUGGAGCUCUCGUCCUACUCUUGUUGAGCAGAUCUUCCAACUUUCAUAAACUCAAAAGCUUUUUCAACCCACUGCAAAUCAAUCACCUUCCUCAAAUAUGAUGAACGUCAUGGAGUCUACCUCUAGUAUCAUCACAUCCCCUCUUCAAAAGAGGUCUUUCAUUCUUCAUGUCAUCCUCGCCCCUUGUGCGAAUGAGAUCCCACUUAUGUAACCUCGGAAUGAGGUCAAACUUUUAUCACUCAAUCAAAUUUCUUCUUCUUAAAAAAAAAAAAAAAAAAAACCCUAAACCCUAAACCCUAAACUGUAAACCCUAAACCCUAAACCCUAAACCCUAAAACCCUAAACCCUAAACCCUAAACCUCAGUCCAGGUCUGUGUAGGUAUGAUAUGGAGUCCCUAAAGCCCAAAAGCCUCACAAACAGAACGCGAGCGUUUCGUUUUAUUUGGCACUAAGGAAUGAGUACUCCGAAGCCAUUGUGUUACGUGCCUCAUAAUCUCUGUGGCACGCAUCACUUGGCCUGCAUAUCGAGAUGAGUUACGUCCCUUCCAUAUUUCCCAUAACAUAUAUGCUAUGGAGAUACGGAUGAAAGGACAAACCUUGACACUCGUCGGUGAGUCAAAGACUCUCCUAAAGACCUCUAGUGGUGGUCUCGUAGGUCUAUACGAGAGCAUUGGAAGCCAAUUCGCUAGAAGUUGACGCCAACACUCGACAGCGAUAUCACUAUGGAAAAAUAAAUGUUCCAUACUUUCGUCUGUCGUGAUGGAGCAACAAUGACAUUUCCUUUCCACCUCCUGAUCGGUGACAAUCACUCGAUCGUCGGUGGGUAGUCCUCGGUGCAUGAACUUCCACAAGAAGAACGAAACACGAGGUGUGAUGGCCGGAUGCCAUAUGAGAUUUCCCCAAAAUGUCUUUGGGGAGCGGUUUCUAAAGUGCUCCCAAGAGGAGCUACAAGAGAAACUGCCAUCUAUGGUAAGUGUCCAGAUGGGUUGGUCCUCAGUAAAACUCAUCUCAGUCAUGGUGAUGGCUGGUAACAAGUCCGACGGUAGUCCAUGCCUCUCAAUAAGUAGACGAGUGUCUCCUUGGAGAAGCUGGGCUACCGUCAAGCAAGGCCAAGAAGAUGUGAAAGUGGUAAAACAGGCCAAUAGUGUGUCCUCUAGCCAAGUGUCGUACCAGGCACUGAUCUCGCCUCGCCCCACUCGCCAACGAAUAAGAGGCACCAUCUCCAACCAAUGUCACUGCCAGUCUGCCCAUCGUUUGACUCCUUUGAUGUCAGCCGGCUGUCAAGCCCACUCACCAUAUUUGGCUGACACAAAAGUACCUAGCACCGAUGGUGUGGUCCUCAUCCUCCAAAUGAGUUUCUUUUGAAGCAUGUUAAAUACAUUUUGAGGGCGCCUAAUACCUAGGCCACCCUCAUCCGUAGGUCGACAUGCUUUCUCCUAA